AUGGUCUACCCCCAGGAACAGAAACAAACCUCAGGAAACACGACCUGCGAGGCCUCGACCAGCCAUGGGACACUCCGCCCCAUCACCUCCGUUACCACUGAACGGUACAACAAAUAUUCUAGUGUAGAAUUAUCCAACUUAAUCAUCCCGGCUGGCCUCGGACGAUUCGAUCGUCAAUCUACCCCAACUUACCUCCCCGAGAGCUGGGCUUCUUAUGUUCACCCCGAGGGUCAACUUUACUUCUGCCGGCACAGCACCCCGGUCAUUGUGACCGAGGCUUACCUCUACAAUUCCGAGAACAUGCAAAAGAUGUCUUUCUGGUUGAAAUGGAUCGAGGUGCUUUGCGAGGAGCGCCAGAUCGCGAUCCACCCGGGCGUCGAGCUAUUCAUUCAACUCGAGGAGUCCGGAUGCGCCUACUAUUUUGUCGACCACCUCUCCAGGACGGAGUUCUGGCUAGACCAAUUUGACACCGAUGAUAUGGGCUUGCCCCAGGUGGCUUCCGAAGAGCAUCUGAAAUUGGCCUUGAAUGAGCACUACUGGUCCCAUGUAGAAUACUUCCCGGCGCACUUCGGUGGUCUGGAAGAAUUCACAGUCAACGAGUUGAUUUCUAUUUUCUCGCAUGCAACCCUAGACCGCAUGACUUCCGCUGUAUCAACAUUCCCAUAUACCCCCAAGGAUUGUAGAAAAUACAUAGACUUGCUCAAAAAUGCUCGAGAGGAUACCCAGGACAUGUAUAACGUCUGCGUGAUCGCGCGCCUGUGGGUGUUGAUAAUGAACCACCGAUUUACCACGCACCACGGACAAGAGUCCAGUCGUCUUUCCAGAACCCAAAGCAUAUUGGCACCCAAGAUAUAUACCCCCAACUUCGUCUCCCGAGCGAUAACCCGCUUGACCUUGGGACUAUCGGAUGUGUAUACCAGCAAGCUCGACGACGUCUUCGUCGAUGACCUUGUUUACACUGAACAAUGGCAUGAACUCAUGCAGUCAAAUACCAAAGACUGGAAGGCAUCUUUGCAAAUUUCCACUCUAUUAUUAUUCGCACACAUCGUCCACUGUAUCAUACCAGGUGUCCCAUCGCUAGGCUUGGCAUCCGCUAUCAUUCUCUUCACGAGUGUAUUAUCAGCAUCUCUCCUCCUCAUUCAACACAGGCAUCUACUCGACACAACCGCACUUCACGCGGCGGACCACCUCUUGGCUAUUCGAUCGCAGAAAUAUGGCUUCAAAAUCACCGGGAUGUUAUUUGCGCUCCCCGCCGUACUCAACACCUACGGCGCAGCCCUGUUCCUCGCACACGGGCUGACACUUGUCGCCCUCCGCCUACACCCUGGCGUAGCCGCUGGCAUCGCCCUCUUCAUCGCCCUCUUUGCUUGGUGCGCCCACAGAAUGGUCGCGCCCAGGCAGUUCGCAUAUACCACCGAGAAAUGCGAAGUGUAA